AUGAUUUGUGUCUGCCUAUUUGUACUUAUUUCUGUUGCCCGUUCAUGUAUUCCAACUCAGCAAAUUGAAACCACCUCGGCACCAAUAACCACUACAACAACUACCACAACUACAACGACAACAUCUACGACCACAACAACUCCCAUUCCGUGCCCGACAGGCUGGGAGCAGUUCGAACGACCUAGUGGGACAUGGUGCAUUAAGGUAUUUAUUGGUCUUGGAGAUAAAGCAAACGCAGUGAGCAUGUGUGCUGCUCAGGGAGCAGUAGUCAGCGGAAUUCAAGAUCAAACGGAAAGGGAAUUCAUAGUUAGUUCAUAUGUUUCAUUGAAUGGCAAUACUGUUGGAGUGUGGCUUGGCGCUCAAAGGACGGCCGCAUGUUGGAGUUCACCAUUGACCGCAACAUGCUCGAAAACGACAUCGUUCGAAUGGACGGACGGCUCAGCCACCGGCAGCGAUGCAUUUAUUUGGAAUGUUGCAACUGAGCCGAACAACGGAAGCCUGAACGAACAUUGUCUUCUCAUGAACUGGCAAGGCUUCAUGUCUGACCAAUUUUGCACUAUACCCGAUUAUACUGGAUGGGUGUGUGGGAAAAGGCCGAUGUAAGUUCGUGUAAUAAUAAUUUGAUAAUAAUUUGGUUUUUGAAUUUUAUUUUUCUUACUCGUUUUAAUAAAGGUUGACCAGAUGAGAAA